CGUGAGGGCGCGCAGCAGGCGCGGCCCCUUUAAGGCUUGGCCUACGUGGCAGCUGCUAGAGCCGCCGCGGCGCAGCGAGGCCGGCCGCCGGGCACUUCCUGUGGAGGCCGCAGCAGGCGCGAGCGCCGAGGACCCGCCAGCUGAGCCCGCUGCCGCCGCCGCCAUGGGCCAGAACGACCUGAUGGGUACGGCCGAGGACUUCGCCGACCAGCUCAGCUCUGACGAAAAGUAUGGAGUUCACCUACAUGGCAUUUGCACCUAGCUUCAAUAGAGUAUGCUGGCCUCCUAAUCAAGCCAUCAAAUGCCGUCUUCACAGGGACAGAAGGGAGCCGUGAAUGUGCAUUUCAGAACUGCCCUUUGCUGUUCCUGCGAGUCACCAAGCAGUACCUGCCUCAUGUCGCACGACUCUGCCUGAUUAGCACCUUCUUGGAGGAUGGCAUCCGUAUGUGGUUCCAGUGGAGUGAGCAACGUGACUAUAUUGACACCACCUGGAGCUGUGGCUACCUGUUGGCCUCAUCCUUUGUGUUCCUCAACCUCCUGGGACAGUUGACUGGCUGUGUUUUGGUGCUGAGCAGGAACUUCGUGCAGUACGCCUGCUUUGGGCUGUUUGGAAUCAUCGCACUGCAGACAAUUGCCUACAGCAUUUUGUGGGACUUGAAGUUUCUGAUGAGGAACCUGGCUUUAGGAGGAGGUUUGCUGCUGCUCUUGGCAGAGUCCCGCUCAGAAGGGAAGAGCAUGUUUGCUGGUGUUCCCACCAUGCGUGAGAGCUCCCCCAAGCAGUACAUGCAGCUUGGAGGAAGGGUCCUGCUGGUCCUGAUGUUCAUGACCCUCCUUCACUUUGAUGCCAGCUUCUUUUCUAUCGUCCAGAACAUUGUGGGCACAGCUCUGAUGAUCUUAGUAGCCAUUGGUUUUAAAACCAAGCUGGCAGCUUUGACUCUCGUCGUCUGGCUGUUUGCCAUCAACGUGUAUUUCAACGCCUUCUGGACAAUCCCGGUCUAUAAACCCAUGCAUGACUUCCUGAAGUAUGACUUCUUCCAUACCAUGUCAGUGAUUGGAGGCCUGCUCCUGGUGGUGGCUCUUGGCCCAGGGGGUGUCUCCAUGGACGAGAAGAAGAAAGAGUGGUAACAGACAGAUCCCUCCCCUCCCUGGCUGAGGCACAAGGCCCUGGACUGGUUCAGGGUAGACAACAAACUGCCAGCGUUUAUGUGUCCUCUUCCCUUCCCUUCCUUUGGUAAAGGCACAGAUGUUCUGAGAACUUUAUUUGCAGACACCUGAAAACUGAAGGUAAAAUCUGCUUUGGAAACAGUCUGGAGUCUAACUAUCCAGGGCUGGGCAGCUGGAUGGUCAUUCCUUAGCCAAGGAUUCGAGUAGACAGUGUGGUGGGCUAUGGCCUCAAUCCUGUCUUUGAGUUUCUUUUGAGGGAUGAGGGCCUUCAAGUUGUACUGAGCUAUACUUUAUCAUUCAAAGCAGUUUCCCUUUUAGUUUUAAGUUUACAUCCUUAGCUCAUACUACUAAAUGACUUAGGAUGGUCCAGCCAAACACCAAACAGUUGAAACCUCUAGUUCAGAAUCCUACCAGUGGCCCAGCAUUGCUUCUGCCCCUGUAUUUUAUAGGAUCAAUGAAGAUGUUAGAGAAACUCCAAGCCUAGAGAAUAGUAAAGUAUUGGAGAGGUGGCUGCUACUGCUGGCCCAAGUCCUUGGUGUCAGCUGGCUGAAUGCUGUUUCCUGGGUCAAAGGUACCCUGGCUCCAAGCAGGGAUGGGAUGGGUCAGGGGUAGGAAGUUCUUGGAAAGCUGCUGGUUUAGGUACUGCUAUCCCCUCCAGCUUGGUGGUGGGAAGGGCAGGAGAUCCAGCUGCUCACAGGAUGGCCCACCACGGAACCAGCUUGGGGAGCAGUAAUGCCAUGUGGCCCAGAAAUGAGGAGCCCCAGUACUGAAGUGACACCCAGGCUCAACCCAGUUACCUCACACUUGACCUUCUCAGAGCAAGGCCUGGACCCCACAGACCGUGCUCCCCCCAGCUUAACUCCUUGUUCCAGGCUGAGUUUACCCCAUCGACAGCCCUGAUGACACCAUUUCCCUGAGGCUGUUGCUUGCUCAGAUUUUUGUCAACUUGCUCUGCUGGAUGCAGCCAAGAUACUUUUUACAAUUUGUGAUGCCUUACCAAUUUGAUCUCAGUCCUGUAUUUAAAGUUUUCUAACAUUGCCUUAUACCGUGUUUCUCUUUUUGCGGGGUGGGGAAGCUGUCUAAUGCUGUGGUCCUGCUCAUCUGUAUGGUAGUGCCAUGAGGGUGGUUGGGCUCCUCCUCCACCUUCCCCAGGUCUUUUGGAGGAGACAGGUAGACAGGCUUAGAACCCCUGGAAAGGAGCUGGCAGCUCACUUACCCUUAGGUGCAGAGUCCUGGAGGUGUCCUCCUUUCUGGCAUCAGCUGGGUAGGCAGGACUGUGUCCUCUUGAGUCACCUUGGGUCAAUCCUGCCUCUUCCCCUUGCCUCACGGGCUCUGCAGUCUGAAUUCACCUUCUCAACACCCAGCCCGUGUUCCGCAGCCUUACAGCCGGCCUACUCCUCCCUGUGUGAGUUUCAGCAGUGGCUCACGCCAUGACAUUUCCUUACAAUCAAGUCCCUUGACAAGCAGAGCUGCCUCAGUGUACACCCACCUGCUCCGUUACCUGCAGUGGCAGCCCCGUAAUAUUCCAGUUUGUGGAAUGGGGCAGACCCUAGGAGGCAAAUGCAUGCCUCUCAGCAGCAGCCCCCAUCCCAAGGAUACCCUGGCCCAUCUACCAGCUUUCUGGGGGCUAUGCCUGGGAUGGGACAAAAAAAAAAAAAAAAAAAAAGAUCUACACAUUGGUUUGGCAAAACGGUUUCUGAAAAUGCUUUAGCUUUAUGUGGGAAUAGGUAUAAACCUCAUUUUUAUGCUGUAUUUUAUAUCUUAGUUGUGUUUGAAAAUGUUUUGAUCUUUGGAAACAUCAAAAUAAAUAAUGGCAUUUGUGGUA